AUGUCCCUCUGGAGUGGAACGUACAUUAUCACCAGCAAGGCCAACGGCUUUCGCGUCGGGGACCCUCUGCAAAGCCGGUGCGCGCCAUUGCUGCUCAUGCUUCCCCUUGACCGAUUGUUUUUGCACGCAGCGAACGACGCGGCAGUUGGCGAUCGCGACGGCCGUGUCGUUGCUUAUCUGUUCGAAGCUGAGCAAGCGAACGAGUGGAUCAUCAAGCCGUGCCCGCAGAUGGGCGAAAAUUGUUAUACCAUCAUGAAGCCCGGUGAACCCCUCGGUUGGAUCGUCACCGAUACAGACGAGGAGACGCAGAUUGUCGUUCGCCCCCUCAUCGUCGCCCCCUCAUCGUCGCCCCCUGUGAGCCUCCGAUGUUUCCUGCCAAUGAAGUCUUUGUCAUUGUUCGUGACGGCAACUGAUGGGAGGACCAAUAUAUCGAUGGACAACGCGACUUUUGACAUGUGACCUGGACCAUAGCGAAUCUAGCCUUCGAGUAGUAGGAAUUUAAGUAGGCCCGAGUAUCCUUGGGCACACUUCACAGGUCCCACUUUGGCGGCGCAAGACCAAGUACGGUGGUGAC